GCUGAACCCGGAACUGAGGCAAUGUGGUCUGAUUUUGAAAAGCUGUAAACUGUAAAAAGUGUGUAAACUGGAGCUGUCAUGUCAUGUGCGUGUUUUCAUGAAGGGAGAUGAAGAAACAUGGAUCAGCUUCUCAGGACUCUGUUACUACUGCUGAUAGCGCGGUUACCGGCUUCAUUUCAUUUCUCAGGUGCUGUCAGGGAAGAUGGAGGAUGGGGACUGGAUUCCAGUCUGCAGGAUGAAGGCGAAUGCAACAUUGAGAUCAGAGAUGCAAACUCCAUAACACACACAGAGUUUAUAAAAGAGUAUGCUUAUGCAAAACCAGUUCUACUCCGAGGGCUCACAGACAACACAAAGUUCCGCUUCCUGUGCACCAAAUCCAGUCUGUUGAGAGAAUAUGGAGAUAAAACAGUCCGUCUCAGCACAGCCAAUACACACUCAUACAGGAAAGUGGACGUCCGGUUUGAAGAAUUUGUAAAGUUCCUGCUGACGCCUCAGUCUGAAGACACGCUGGGCAGUGAUACACUGUACUUCUUUGGGGACAAUAACUUCACGGAGUGGCGUUCUCUGUUUGAGGAGUAUAAAGCACCACCUUUUUCUCUUCCUCUCAUGCAUCCUGCAUAUAGCUUUGGGAUUGCUGGACCAGGAACUGGGGUCCCAUUUCACUGGCACGGCCCUGGAUACUCUGAAGUCAUCUACGGCAGGAAGCGUUGGUUUCUUUACCCGCCUGACUUGGCACCCGAGUUUCACCCGAAUCGCACCACUCUUUCCUGGGUCUCUCAGUCCUACCUGGACCUGGAGCUCCACCAGCGGCCUCUGGAGUGCACAAUACGACCCGGAGAGGUGCUGUAUUUUCCUGACCGCUGGUGGCAUGCAACUUUAAAUCUGGACACCAGUGUCUUCAUUUCCACUUUUCUGGGGUGAAAACUGAUGUGGCGGACACAAAUGAAAGAUCAAUCAGGGAUUCAGUCACUUUUGACAUCCGUCCAUCAACUUGAACUCUUUGCUCUUUGUUUAACAGACAGCACUUAAAGCUUUUUUUAAAAUAGGCUCAAUUUACAACUUAUAGCCCCAGUUUAGCGAUGGGAACACUGUACUGUCAGUGAGCACCGUGUUUCAGAUGAGAUGUUAAACCGAGGUCCUGACUCCAUGUCCUAACUACACGCAGCUAGUUAAACAGAUGAAUUUGACCAUUUUUAAAUCCAUCUAGCCGAUCUCCGGGUCUGGCGAGACCACUUUUAGCUUGAUAUUGAAUAAUAUCAAUUUAUUCUGUAGGGUAUUUUACAUUUAAGGUCUGCACAGUGGCGCAGUGGGUAGCACGUUCGCCUCACAGCAAGAAGGUCGCUGGUUCGAGCCUCGGCUGGGUCAGUUGGCUUUUCUGUGUGGAGUUUGCAUGUUCUUCCUGUGUUGGUGUGGGUUUCCUCCAGGUGCUCCGGUUCCCCCACAGUCCAAAACACAUGCGGUACAGGUGAAUUGGGUAAGCUAAAUUGUCCGUAGUGUAUGUGUGUGAAUAAGUGUGUAUGGAUGUUUCCCAGAGAUGGGUUGCAGCUGAAAGGGCAUCCACUGCGUAAAACAUGUGCUGGACAAGUUGGCGGUUUAUUCCGCUGUGGCGACCCCAGAUUAUUAAAGGGACUAAGCCGAAAAGAAAAUGAAUGAAUGAAUGAAUUUUACAUUUAAGUCAAAACCCUCCAUCCAUUAAAUUGUACAGCUGCUUUGCUGUAAAUGCACUGGAACUGUCUUUGCUUCAUCCCCUGCAUAUGAUUGUUAAGGGCUUAAGGUGUAUGGUAACACCGUAAAGAAUGCACUAUAUAUUGGUGUCCAUAUCAAAUUUGGACGAUAAAUGUUAUUUUUAAUGUUAUCGCUAUCAGUCCGAUAACCAAAUUAGGUGAAAUAUUAUAUAUCAAAAUAUAUUUAUGUCUUAUUUCUGGUGGUUAAACCACUUUCCAUGGCUUGUUGCCCUCCACUUUUUUAUUAUUUUGAUUUUGGUUAAUGUUCAGGGAC